UUCAAUUAAUCCAUUAUUAUAUUUAUAUUUUUGACACCCAGUUUUAAUAUUUAUUUCAUUUAUUAACAUGUAAAAGUUGUUUACGUACUACAUUCUGACACCCCCACCGUCGAUGUCUUCCCAUGCCCACUAUUAAAAAACAAACAAAUACAAGAUCAAGCUUUAGAUUAGAUAGACUGUAGAUAUAUAGAAUGAAUGAAUCUAAAGCUGUUGGCUGGUGGCUUGGUUGUUUCCCUCGCUGUUGGGCAAAUAACAUAUAUCAUUAAAUUUAUCUGUUCCUCACUGUCUUCCUAUGGCAGUUAAAAGAAGUGACCACUGUCAUUCUAUUCAAACAAACAAUCCAUAAUUCCCCUCAUUAUUCAUGUUUAUAUUUACAGUCCUGCCUGUUUCUGCCUUUCUUUUUUAGCUGUAAAUGCACCCCUUUGUAAUUUAACCAUACCUUUUUUGAUGGGGAAGAAAGGAGGGACUUCCUGGUUGACUGCUGUGAAAAGGGCUUUUAGAUCUCCGACUAAAGACGGUCAUGAUAAGAGAAGUAACAGAAGAAAGGAUGAACCUGACCACCAAGAUGAGGAUGAAGACAAGAAGAGAGAGAAGCGAAGGUGGAUCUUCAGGAAACCCACAAUUCAAGAACCGGUGAUUCAUCAGCAAAAAACACCAGUGAAGGCUACAGGUCGUAAUGGUGCAGGUGCAGCAUCAGAUGGUGCAACCGCAACGGCCGCAGAGCAAAGGUAUGAUAUUCCUAUGGCAGCAACCGAGGGUGCAGCAGUGGUACAAGUGGCUCGCCCAACUAGACCUUCAAAUUAUGCUAGAGAGCACCACCUUGCUGCCAUUGUUAUUCAGACCACUUUUAGAGGCUACCUGGCAAGGAGAGCUCUUCGUGCACUGAAAGGAUUAGUGAAAUUGCAAGCUUUGGUAAGAGGUCACAAUGUGAGAAAGCAAGCCAAGUUGACACUCAGGUGCAUGCAAGCUCUGGUUAGAGUGCAGGCUCGGGUUCUUGAUCAAAGAGUGAGGCUUUCGCAUGAUGGAAGCAGAAAAUCCGCUUUUAGCGAUACCAAUAGCGUAUUGGAAUCACGGUAUCUUCAAGACAUUUCAGACAGAAGAUCACUAGUGUCAAGAGAAGGAAGUAGCAUUGCAGAUGAUUGGGAUGAAAGGCCACACACAAUUGAGGAAGUUAAAGCUAUGUUAGAACACAGGAAAGAAGCUGCUCUGAAGCGUGAACAGAACUUAUCUCAAGCUUUAUCUCAACAGAUGAGGAGAGCUCGUAGGAGCCCAUCGAUGGGUGAUGAGGAUGAGGUCGAUGGUAGACCGAAAUGGCUUGACCGUCGGACCCCUGCUAAGCCGUGGGACAACAGAGGAAGAGCUUCAACUGAUCAUAGAGAUUCUGUUAAAACUGUUGAAAUAGAUACAUCCCAGCCUUACUCAUAUUUAGCAGCUACUUAUAAAAGAACAAAUUCAAACCAAUAUCACCAGCACGGACCCCAAAACCAAAGGCCUAGUUCACCUCUACAUAGAGCUCAACAGAACGCACCGAUGCACCACUCUCCUAUUACACCCUCUCCAUCCAAAGCCCGGUCCAUUCAAGUUCGGUCAUCGAGCCCUCGUUGUGUUAGAGGAGAUAGAAGCUCAGUUUCAUCUCAAACACCAAGCUUAAGGUCCAAUUACCAUUACACUGGUAGGGUUGGUACUCAUGCUAGCAGUAGUGGCAACAAUGCUGCUACAUUGCCUAAUUACAUGGCAGCAACUGAGUCUGCAAAGGCUAGAAUCAGGUCUCAAAGUGCACCAAGGCAAAGACCAUCUACACCAGAGAGGGACAGAAAUGGUUCAGCAAGGAAACGGCUAUCGUUUCCGGUCCCAGAGGCGUGUGGUGUGGGGAUGGGUUAUGGAGGUUAUGGCCAUAAUUUGAGGAGUCCAAGUUUUAAGAGUGUAACUGGUUUACAUUUUGGAUUCGAACAACAGUCUAACUAUUCUUCUUGCUAUACUGAAAGCCUUGGCGGUGAAAUCUCCCCAUCUUCAACUAGUGAUCUUAGAAGGUGGUUGAGGUGAUCCUUGUCUUCAGUUUUAAUUUUAGAAUCAGUUUAGCCACUGUGUAGCUUCUUUUCCUAGUUUGCUUUCCCCAGUUUUUAACUUUUAUAGAGGUUUGACUGAUCAAAGUGUGUGGUUUUUUAUUUAAUUUCUUUUUUUUUUUCGUUAUUUUUUUCUCUUCACCAGUUUUAGUUAGAGACUGAAGCUACAAAGGAGGUAAAUGUAAUGACCAUCUUGAAUAAAAAUUGUAGAUAAAUGAGUUGGAAGUUAUUGGUAAA